GACUGGCUGAGCGGGUCUGUGCCCACACCCUUCCCUGCUCGCUGGAGGAGAGAGCUGUCAGUGAACACCUCCCCUGGACGUGUGUGUGUGUGUGUGUGUGUGUUUAUUGACUGAGCUCACAAUCAGUCAGCUGAAAUCACCAGCACUGCUCAGUGCACCUGCCACCAUACUGCAGCUAAACUGACAUUAAUAAGGUGUCUUUCGAGGAAGUUUUUAGACCUUUUUGACUAGCGGGCCACUACGAUGUCCAAAGAGGGGGACAGACAGUCAGUUUUGCGGACCACAAAGGUUCGCACUGCUCUGAAAGGAGACAACAGCUGGAUACAGAGACAACAGCAAGAGAAUCUUGAGAAAGAUGAGGAGGAGAAACCAUGGGUCGCCGAAGUGCGAGCAAACCGUUCAAGUGGUGUGUUUGAAGAAACAAGUCCUGUUUCCUCACCCACAGUCAGUGUGCCACAGCCCAUAUCCGACACAGAGAUACCAAAAGCACCUGCAUCUGGAUACUUAAUCAGAGGGGUUUUCAAGAAAACCGAUUCCAAGCCAACAUCAAAUUCAUCCACCAAUGGAUAUGCUGGAAUAAAUAGCUUCAAGAAAAAGCCAUCUGAGACCUACAAGAAAAUAGCCCCCCACACAAUUCGCUCCAGCAAUGAAAAGACAGUGCAGUCUGAACCAACUCUGAGUCCAGAGGAAAAGGAAAAGAGGACGGAAGCAGCCAGCAGUGUGCUGAAGGGAUCGGCAGCAAACCGCCGCUCAUACGUAAUGUCAGCUGCAAAGAAAUAUGAAUCUACAGAGACGCCUGACAGCUCUGCAGAUAUUGGCAUUUCCUUUGUUGCAAAAAGGGUAGAUAUCAGUGAUGAUGAUGACACAACAUCUGUUAAGUCUGUGCCUGUGCAAAGUGUAAACUCAAACAUUGAGCCAGUGGUGAAGGAGGUCAAGCCAGCAGCACCUGAAAUUAAAUCUGAACCUAAGCCAGUGACCGAAACUAAACCUACAACACUAACUAAAACAACAGCUGAAGCUAUCGCCACAUCCGAAUCUAAACCAGUGCUAGCAAAUACAACACAGCCUAAAACAGCAUCUGAGCCUAAACCUACAACUGGAACUACAACAGUGGCUGAAACCAGGCCUACAGCACGAACUACAACAGCAACUGAUCUUAAACCCACAUCAGAACCUAAACCAGCUGAAACUAAACCUACAACAAAAACUGAGCCUAAACCAGCAACUGAAACUAAAACAGAAACCAAAACUACAAUUCAAACUAUAACAGCAACUGAUCUUAAACCCACACCAGAACCUAAACCAGCUGAAACUAAACCUACAACAAAAACUGAGCCUAAACCAGCAACUGAAACUAAAACAGAAACCAAAACUACAAUUCAAACUAUAACAGCAACUGAUCUUAAACCCACAUCAGAACCUAAACCAGCUGAAACUAAACCUACAACAAAAAUUGAACCUAAACCAGCAACUGAAACUAAAACAGAGACUAAAACUACAACCCAAACUAUAACAGCAACUGAUCUUAAACCCACAUCAGAACCUAAACCAGCUGAAACUAAACCUACAACAAAAAUUGAACCUAAACCAGCAACUGAAACUAAAACAGAGACUAAAACUACAACCCAAACUACCAUUGCAACUGAACCCAAGCUAGUGGUUGAAACUAAACCUACCACACAAACUACAACAGCAACUGAACCUAAACCCACAUCAGAGCCUAAACCAGUUGAAACUAAACCUACAACACAAAUUGAACCUAAACCAGCAACUGAAACUAAAUCAGAGACUAAAUCUACAACACAAACAACAACAGCAACUGAAUCUAAGCUAGUGGUUGAAACUAAAUCUACAACACAGACUAUAACAGCCACUGAUCCUAAACCCACAUCAGCGCUUAACCUGGCUGAAACUAAACCUACAACAACUGAUCCCAAACCAGCAACUGAAACUAAAACUGAACCUAAAACUACAACACAAACUACAACAGCAACUGAAUCUAAGAUAGAAACUAAAUCUACAACAAAGACUACAAUAGCAAGUGAUCCUAAACCCACAUCAGAGCCUAAAGUGGUUGAACCUAAACCUACAAAAACAGCUGAACCUAAACCAGCAGCUGAAACUAAACCUACAACACAAACUACACCAGCAACCGAUCCUAAACCCACAUCAGAACCUAAACUAGUGACUGAAACUAAACCAAAACCUGAAGUGAUAUCUGCAACUCAGCUGAAACCAACUGAGCCUAAGCCUGAACCAGUUCCAGAGAAAAGCCUGUCUGACACCCUGAUAUCCUUCAGCACAGAGCCUGCCAGCUCUGGCCAAGCAGAUUCAGGGGUAGAUCUUCUCGGUCUGGGUCUGCUGACAGACAACAGUUCUCUGCCUCAGGCAAACAAGACACAUAAAACUCUGGACCUGCUCGCAGAUGAUCUUAUUCCCUUCAAUACUUCUACCACCAGAACCAGCACUGACUACACCUACAGCCGGAAAACCCUGAUUGAAGAUUUUAAGAGCUCAGAUUAUGAUUUCGAUCCAAUACCAAUAUCGAGUGAGCCGACAAAGAGUCCUCAGUGGUACAGUCCUCCCAAACCGGACUCAAGUUCCUCAGAAACAUACAAUGACUUUCAGCAUCCUGUGGAUUUGGUUGCUGAUGUGCCAGCAGACGUGUUGGUUUCCUUGGCUGAAGAUGUCAUUCCAGUUGAUACUAAGAGAGACUGGAGGACAGACAUGGACAGUUACAAAACCAGCACCAAAACAGUGGAGAGUUCUGUCCGGGAGAACUUACCAGAAUCUGAACCCAAGAAGAGCUUUGUCUAUGUUAAGGAGUAUGUGGAUAACUCACCUCUUGAUGGCAGCUCUGACUAUGUGUCAUCCACAACCUCCAACUACAGCUACAGCAGCCCCAGCUACUACUCCCGAAGAGAUAUGACUCCCUGUACAUACUGUGGAGAAAUGGUGGGAAAUGAUGCCAAAAUCACCAUUGAGCACCUGAACAUAUCCUGUCACCCAUCCUGCUUUAAGUGUGGUAUUUGCAGUAAACCAAUGGGAGAUUUACUCUACAACAUGUUUCUCCAUCGUGGGACGGUGCAUUGUGAGAGCUGCUAUUCCAAUGUGCUAUAAGGAGAUCUGCUUACAUGCCUGAAAUACCCCUCAACAGUAUCGCUCACCUGCUGAUUUGAAAAGGAAUUAGACUUGUUACUGGCACAAAACAUGUUCCUCUUUAUUUUUCCUCACUGAUCGUACCGCUGACAUAGUGCCGCUGUGCACAAUACCUUCUGGAUAUCAUACAAAGGUUUUCUUGUGCUAUGAAUGCUUGUUGCAGUGCAUUUUCCCCUCCAAUUCUGUCCUUUAAAUGUUUAGUCAAGACAAUAAGAAUGUACAUCUUUGUUGUAUUUAAUCAUCAGAAACCAUUUUAUAGAAAUUAUAUCACUGUUUUAGUAGCACUGUUAUGAAAAGACAUAUCCUGCAUCGAUAUUCACAAUUAAAGCAACAUUCUCAUUGAA